AUGUUCAAAGAAUUCGUGAUUCUAUUUUCCCUUUUCGUGCUCACUGAUGCGUUGGGCGGCGUCGUCGGAAGUAAACAGACGGUGACUGUCGUGGGAAAAUUGGUGUGUAACGGACAACCGUCGAAAGAUGUCAGAAUCAAGCUUUUCGAGGAUGGAACUAUCUACGACACCAAAAUGGACUCGGUGAAGACCACCGCUGACGGCACCUUCAAGGUCAUGGGAUCGCAGAGAAAAAUCAGAAAGAUCGAUCCGAAAAUCAACAUCUAUCACAGAUGCAAUCAUUCUGGACUUUGCCCAAAGAAAGUGACCAUUCAUGUGCCAAAGAAUGCCGUUGGAAAGGGACCAAAAGACGCACAAGUGUUCGAUAUUGGAGUUUUGAAUUUGGCAAACAGAUAUCCAGGAGAGGGAACUGAUUGCAUUCAUUAA